GGAGGAGGCCCUCGCCGGGGCGCGCUGCCUCCUCCUUGCAUUUCUGCAGCCCGACCAUGCGGGCGCCGUAGCCCGUGGCGUUGCUGGCCUGGGCGCAAAGCAGCUGAUUUGUAAAGAGGAGCCGGGAAACCAAACCAAAAGCGUCCCAAACAGGCUUGGGUGCCGCCGUCGAGGAGCAUGUUUCGCGCUUGGUUCGUUCCUUGGCGCGCCGGCGGCGGCUGCUCCUCCUGCUCGCAGCAUCUGGGUUUCAGGCGUUAUGGGAGAUUGGCCCUCCUCCGCCUAGCAGCUAGCGAAGGUGCUUCAGCUGCUGAAGGCAAGCGUCUUCUGGGCGUCGCUUCCCGGAGAGCAAGGUGCAGCGGUGGUCCGGAGCGCGGGACGAAGUGGAUCAAGCCCGCGGGCCGGGACAGCGGCAUCCAGGCGUACAACAGCCUGAGCAGAAGGAAAGAGCCUCUCAUCCUGCGAAACGCGGAUGUGGUGACUUGGUAUAGCUGUGGACCUACUGUGUAUGACCACGCACACCUUGGGCAUGCUUGCUCCUAUGUUAAAUUUGAUAUAAUUCGAAGAAUACUAACAAAGAUAUUUGGAAAGGAAGUCGUCAUGGUGAUGGGGAUUACAGAUAUAGAUGACAAAAUAAUUAAAAGAGCCAGUGAGAUGGGCAUAUCACCAGUGUCUCUUGCUCGUUUUUAUGAGGAGGACUUCAAGCAAGACAUGGAUGCUUUAAAGGUUCUACCCCCUACAGUAUAUAUGAGAGUCACUGAAAACAUUCCUCAGAUCAUUUCUUUUAUACAGCAGAUCGUUGCUAGUGGGCACGGUUACGCAACAUCAAAAGGUAAUGUUUAUUUUGAUGUCCGUUCUAGGGGAGACAGAUACGGAAAGCUAACGCAGGUUUACCCCGACACCCAAGAGGAACCAGCCGACAGCGAUAAGCGUAACGUGAAGGAUUUUGCUCUUUGGAAGGCAGCCAAACCUCAAGAGACGUGCUGGGGUUCUCCCUGGGGGAACGGAAGGCCUGGCUGGCACAUUGAGUGUUCAACGAUAUCAAGCCUGGUGUUUGGAGGACAUUUGGAUAUCCACACUGGUGGAAUCGAUCUUGCAUUUCCUCAUCACGAAAACGAAAUUGCUCAAUGUGAAGUUUAUCACCAGUGUGAACAAUGGGGAAAUUAUUUUCUACACUCUGGACACCUGCAUGUUAAAGGGAGUGAGAAAAUGUCAAAAUCACUGAAAAACUACAUUACCAUUAAGGAUUUCCUGAAGAAGUUCUCGCCUGAUCAGUUCAGGAUGUUUUGCUUACGGAGUGGAUACAGAUCAUCUGUUGAAUAUAGUGAUGACAGCCUGAAUGAUGCGAAGAAUGUUCUUCAGACAAUCUGUUCUUUUGUGAGCAGUGCACAUUCCUACAUGAAAGGACAACUUUUGUGUGAAGCCGUUAGAGAAGAUCUACUGUGGGAGAGGCUAGCCAACACCAAAGCAGCGGUAAAGUCUGCAUGUGCCGAUGACUUUGACACCCCCAGGGCUGUCGGUGCAAUUAUGGACCUCAUUCACCAUGGCAACCGGCAGCUGAAGGCCGUCACUAAGGAAAGUGGAUCGCCUAGGAGUGCUGUUGUGUUUGGAGCCAUUCUCUCCUACAUCAUGGAAUUCCUUCACACAACUGGGAUCACCCUUGAGGAAAGACAGGUAGUUCCAGAAAGCGAACAUUCAGCCGUGCUUUCCAACGUGAUAGAGGAACUGGUGAGCUUCCGAACCAAAGUGCGCCAUUUUGCCCUCGCUGCGCCCGAGGCUGCGGGGGGCGUGUCCGCAGACGGUGCCCCUCUGUCGAAAGAAGCCCGGCUGCAAAAGAAAACCGAAAGGCAGCAACUGUUGAAGGACCGAGCGCCCCUCUUGCAAGCGUGUGACAGCCUGCGUCGAGAUCUAGCCAUAUACGGCAUCGACAUAAAGGAUAGAAGUACUACUUCUACAUGGGAACUCGGAGAGCCCAGUAAAGAACGGGAAAAGAGCUGAUAAAAAAUAAGAACUACAGACCGAGUGACUUAAUGCUGUGGUGAUAUAAUGGAUUUUAAAUUACCCUGGCUGAGAGAAUCCUCCUCCUUGAAUUACUAGGUGGCAGAAAUAAUUCUUAAAACUGUCUACUUCAAAUUUAAAAGCAAGAAGCUUCGUCUGUUUCCUGAAAAGAUUUGUGUUUUCUUUUUGGGGUGUGGUGGGGAGGAACAAUUGCAAAUCUGUCAUUUAUUACAGCAGCUCUCCUGUAUUCUCACUUAUGGAAUCCCUAUGACUACUUCAGCACCUCAAGAGUUUAAAUACUGCUUCAACUGCACCAUCUAGAAAAUAGAAUUAAGUGAAAAUACCAUUGUCUGCUGUAGUGACACAAGAGGUGAGUUGGCUUAAAUUUGCUUUUACCAAUAAGUAGUUGGUAUCCCUUGGCAUGGGGAGAUAGAAGGCUUCUGCCUCAAAAACAGCA